AUGACGGGCCAUGUAGCUGCUGCUCGGCCCUUGUUGCGGCCCGGGUCGACCACCUUCCUCCUCAAGCAGCUCACUGGCCCAUCAGCACCAGCCUCGACCGCCUCGCUGUCGAUAUCCGCCUCGAUAUCCGCCUCCACCACCCGAGCCCUGACCGCCAGCCGCAGCCCUCGACGGCAGCUGCUCUCCCUGCACACACCAUGUAGGCCGCAAAGCCGACUGCGCCUCUACUCCACGAGCCAGACACCGCCGCCAGGAGGCUCGUCCCCUGCCACACAGACAGGCGCCUCGAGACCAGGCCCCGAGCUCCCCUCGCAGGCCGACUCCCGCCGCUCCGCCGCCUCCCAGCAGUUCUCCCACGUCAUGGACAACCUGCAGUCCCGCGUGCUGGUCGCCUCGCAGACCCUCAGCGACCUGACGGGCUACAGCGCCAUCGAGGCCAUCAAGGCCUCCAACGCCGCCCUCGAGGCCGACCUGGCCCGCGCCCAGGCCGACCUGAAGCGCGCGCGCCAGCACUACAAGGCCGUCAACGCCCGCCGCGCCUCCACCCAGCGCGAGGUCACCACCCUGCUGGCCCGCAAGGACACCUGGGCCCCGCCCGACCUCGAGCGCUUCACCACCAUGUACCGCCAGGACCACGAGCUCGAGGCCGAGGUCGCCGAGGCCUCCACCGCCCUCACCGACGCAGAGGCCGACGAGGCCCGCCUCAGCCAGGCCCUCAACAGCGGCAUCCUGCGCCGCUACCACGAGGAGCAGAUCUGGAGCGACCGCAUCCGCCGCCAGUCCACCUGGGGCACCUGGGGGCUCAUGGGCGUCAACAUCCUGCUGUUUAUCGUCCUGCAGUUCGUCGCCGAGCCCUGGAAGCGGAAGAGGCUCAUGAAGGGCAUCGCCGCCGAGGAGAAGGCCGCCCUCGACGCCGUCCGCCGGGAGCUCGAGGAGGUCAGGGGCGCCCUGACCAGGAGGGAGGAGGCCGACGCCGCCGCAACAGCUGCUGCUGCUGCCGCCGCCGUCGUCGAGGGCGUCGGCGUCGAGGCUGCGCCCCUGGCAUCGCUGCCAGAUGCCGACACCCCGACCGUGCCGAGCCCGCCGGUGCUAUCGUGGAAGGAGUUCCUGUCGGACCCCAGCCUGUGGCGGCCCGCGCUCGAGGACCUGUAUAGCGACAGGAUGAUAGACUUGCGCAUGAGGGAUGUCUCCCUCAUUGCUCUAGAGGGUGCCGUGACGGGCGCCGUGGCCGUGGCCGGCGUCGCCGCGCUGUUGGCCCGCCAGCGCUGA